AUGAUUGGACCAUCACCAUCGACGGUUCCGAAGGGAACAGCAGUACGUAUAAGUGCUUCACCGGCUACAGCUGCAGAUGAAUGCCCUCCCACACCUGCUCUUACUACUGCUACUGCUACUGCUACUUCUAGUACUGCUGCUGUUGAGGCUGUUGAGGGUUGGCGCGCGGCUUGUCAAGCAGUUUGCACCCGUAGCUCUAGCCUUGGAAUCACCCGGGCGUUGACGGCUCCUACUCCUACGGCGGUGUCGGCAAAAACAGUUAUCACAAGAGAACAACAAAUGUUUCCGUCUGCCCCCGCAUGUGUGCAGCGCACUUCGCCGGGAAGAAUGACUACUAUACAGAGUGAUUUGACUACAUCAGGACGAGCUGAGAGUACGUUAAAUGUGCCUCAGCAGCAAAUUGACAGUUCGCGUACAAUAGACUUCUCUUUAGGGGGUAUGACCUCUUUUCAUGCGGCCCCUCAGUUGACUUCAAGCGCGAUUACCAAUUCUCUAAGUGCUGAUGAGAAUUCCCUGCGUGCAUCGUUGAGUAGGCGUGGGUUGUCAGUGCACGCAGCACCAUUUCAGCCACGAUCCGUUACAGAACUUAGUACAUUAUCUUCAACACUGGAAAUACCAGAAUUGGGAGAUUUGACUUCUCUUCGAGAUGUCCAGUUGUUGCAAAAAGAGAGUACUGGGAGCAUUGUAACAAGCAGUGCUUCUGUUCAACAACCAGGGAUUAGGACAACAACGUUGGAGUUUCCCCGCACUCCUCUUGCCAGAGAAACUCCACGUUUGCGUCUUUCUGUCACUCUUGGUGCUUGUUCCGGCGUUGCUGCGGUCCGUUCACCUUCUUCGUCAUCCAUCGGUGUUGCUGGUGUUGCUAGUGCUUGUGGUGGUGAAUCUCAGCAGCGUUCAACUCCGCUCUAUCCACUUUCUCCUAGCUUCCCUAAUCAUCAACAGCAACGACCCGUGCCCACUACUGGACCCAGCGUUACCAGUAACAGCAGUGGUAGUAUUGUAUGCCCGCCAGAUGUAAAGGAUGAUACUGGUUCUGAUAAUGUCCGUCACCUCCGUGUUCCCUUUACAGAUGCGGAGGCAAUGGAUGAAGCUGCAAUGCUUCACUUACUUCGAGGAAGUAGUGACAGUAGCAGUGGUGAAGAAGAUGAUGAUGAUGAGGAUGUUGUUUAUAUGACUCAACAACAACAACAACAACAAGUGUUUGAAUUGGCGACGGUGCUUCCAACAAACUUUGAGGUUUACCAUUGUGCUGGUGGAUAUUGGGACUUGGAAGGACCGCGUGCUACAACGCGGCGAUUUCUUCGCCGUCGUCCCUCCUCUACUGCGUCUAUCACUAUAAACGCACAUGGUGCUGCCUCUUCUACUUGUGUUCCCGGGAAUGGUGUUUUCACAGACCGUGCUGGAUCUGCUUAUGCUGAUGAUGAUGACGAUGAUGAUUAUGAUGAUGAUCUGUGGGAGAUGAAUAGCAGUGCUUACGCUGACAGCCUGGAUGAGGCACAGGUGGAGUGGAUUGAAGAGCAACUACGCGCGAAGGAAAAUCCUGAAGGUUUUUUCUUCUAG